AUGUGCAGGAUCUUACACAGCAUGUACAUGCGGCGUGUGGUGGCUGCCAAAACAUACGCAGAUUCUGGCAAGAAGGCGCUUCCACGACGCAAGCAGAAGUCGGUGCAUGCGGAGUUCGUCUCGGAGGACGAAGCCGACGACGAAGAUGAGGACUACGAGGAUGAAGAGGCAAACGAAUACGACGACGAUGAGGAGCUGGAGGAGCUAGAGGAAGAGGAAGUGGUGUCGCCGGAGACGACGAAGGCGAAGGGCAAGGCGAAGGCGAAGGCGAAGCAGAAGCCCAAGGCCCAGGCGAAGAAGCCGCGAAAGCCAACGGCUGCGGAGCUUGCGAAAGAGACCAAAGAGGCGCGGCGCGCUGCUGCCGAGCUGCGUUGCAUUGCGUCGGCAGCAGCUGAAGCGAAAGGCGCGUCUGAGCUGGAUCAAGCACGGAAGAAGAUUGAUGAAGCGACGAAGAAGACGACGACGAAGAAGGACAAUCACGUGGACACUUCUCCUUCAUCGAACGGCAGCGCGACGCCUGUGUCUGAGCAGCGGCCAUCGUCGGCGUCGCCGCAGCCACGGUACAACUUAUCUAUCUGGUGGACCAUCCAACAUGUACUAACUGUUGAUGUUGUAUUUCUUGUAGUCUGGUACAGCAUGAAGAUCAUACAACAAGUGGAGUGGUGGAUGAUACAACAUGCGCAGGUGGAGAAAGAGCUGCGCAAGGACGAGAUGAGCGCGUUUGCCCAGGAUGAGCACAACAUGGCGGACAUGCGAUCAAGUGGCUGGGAGUUUGGUACGUGA